AUGCGGGAGGGGGGGACCCGGGGCCGCCCCCGCCUCCUCCUGCUGCUGGAGUGGGCAUUAUGUAAACUCCGAGACUUCCUCCGUGGAUUCAGACGUUUUAUUGUUAAAGUUCCUGAUUUUCGGAGAAAAGGUCAUGGAAAAACUCCAAAAGAUGCUGCUUCUGUUCGAGCUACACAUCCUAUACCUGCAGCCUGUGGCAUAUACUAUUUUGAAGUUAAAAUUGUCAGCAAGGGAAGAGAUGGUUACAUGGGAAUUGGGCUUUCGGCACAGGGUGUGAACAUGAACAGACUACCAGGUUGGGAUAAACAUUCAUAUGGUUACCAUGGAGAUGAUGGACAUUCAUUCUGUUCCUCUGGAACUGGACAACCCUACGGCCCUACGUUUACUACGGGUGAUGUCAUCGGUUGUUGUGUCAACCUUAUCAAUAAUACCUGCUUCUACACAAAGAAUGGACACAGCUUGGGCAUCGCUUUCACAGAUUUACCGCCAAACUUGUACCCUACAGUAGGGCUCCAAACACCAGGAGAGGUUGUGGAUGCUAAUUUUGGGCAACACCCAUUUGUGUUUGAUAUUGAAGACUACAUGCGAGAGUGGAGAACCAAAAUUCAAGCACAGAUUGACAGAUUUCCCAUAGGAGAUCGGGAAGGAGAGUGGCAAACAAUGAUCCAGAAAAUGGUAUCAUCUUACUUAGUUCACCAUGGAUACUGUGCAACAGCAGAGGCAUUCGCCAGAUCCACAGACCAGACUGUGUUAGAAGAAUUAGCUUCCAUUAAAAAUAGACAAAGAAUUCAGAAAUUGGUUUUAGCAGGAAGAAUGGGAGAAGCCAUUGAAACAACACAACAGUUGUAUCCAAGUUUACUAGAAAGAAAUCCUAAUCUCUUAUUUGCAUUAAAGGUGCGCCAGUUCAUAGAGAUGGUGAAUGGUACAGACAGCGAGGUGCGGUGCCUGGGAGGCCACAGCCCCAAAUCUCAAGAUAGCUACCCUGUUAGCCCACGGUCAUUCAGUAGUCCUAGCAUGAGUCCCAGCCAUGGAAUGAAUAUUCACAACCUGGCAACAGGCAAAGGGAGCAGCACGCAUUUUUCUGGGUUUGAAAGUAGUUGCAGUAAUGGUGUAAUAUCAAAUAAGGGGCAUCAGUCGUACUGUCACAGUAAACACACGGCCACCAGCCUGAAUGUACCAGAGCUCAACAACAUAAACGUAUCAAGAUCUCAGCAGGUUAACAGCUACUGCAGCAAUGAUGUAGACAUGGAAACAGAUCACUACUCCAAUGGGGUUGCUGAGACUUCAUCCAAUGGCUUCCUAAAUGGUAGUUCUAAACAUGAUCACGAAAUGGAAGAAUGUGACACAGAAAUGGAAGUAGACUCGAGUCAGUUACGGCGUCAGCUCUGUGGCGGCAGCCAGGCAAUCGAGAGGAUGAUCCACUUGGGGAGAGAACUGCAAGCCAUGAGCGAGCAGCUGAGAAGAGAGUGUGGCAAAAACACGGCGAAUAAGAAAAUGCUCAAGGACCCCUUCAGUUUGCUGGCGUACUCGGAUCCCUGGAGCAGCCCCGUGGGGAACCAGCUGGACCCGAUACAGAGGGAACCCGUGUGCUCUGUGCUGAACAGUGCAAUACUCGUUUACAGCAUGAUGCAAAUGAUUUCUAACUUAGCGUUAGGAGAAAGUGUCCAUCGUAAACCUCUUAGACAACUAAGAGUCGAAAGUAUCACCGAUGAUGUCAGGCAUCCAAAUUGA